AAUGUGACUCACGAGAGAGAUCUGACAGUGACAGCGUUAUAUCGCUUUAAUUUGGGCACCUCAACGGACAGAAGAGAAAGACUGGCGGAUUCCAAAUCCGAGACUUAACCGUAUUUUAAUGCUUCGCCUUUGAGUUCCGGCUUUGCCUUUUGCUCCAAUUUCCAACGACACCACUACUAGUCUAGUCUCUCUGUGUUUGUUUUAUUUACUACUGAUCCAACACACCAGAAGAUAAAACGGUCUGCUUCUUCUAAGAGCCACCAGUCAUGGGAAGAUCUCCAGCUUCUUCUUGUCUCCGUCUCAUCUCUUGCUCCGGCGGUGAUGAUGCCUCCGAUCCUAACUCCACCGCCGUCGAGAACAAGAGCUCUGGUGAUAAGCGUGGAUGGAGUUUCAGGAAGAAAUCUGGGAAACAGCGAGGGUUGAUUACUAGUGUAGUCUCUGAAACUGCUCCUGCUUCUAGGACUAGAGAAACUCUUGAAUCUGCUCUCCUUAAAUCUCCGUCUCCUGAUAAUAACAAUGUUUCUGAAAAGCAGCAGCAGUCAUUCUCUGUUGAUGAGAAGAAGAGUCAAUUACCUGCUGUUACCUAUGUGGCUGAACCUGUGGAUGAGAAAAAAACACAGUUCGUUGAGGAGAAGACUGAGCUGUCGUCAGUGGAGGAACAGAUUGAUCACAGAACUGAGGUGUCGCCUGUUAUUGUGGAAUCAAAAGGGACUGAAACUGAGGAAGAUGAUUUGAUUGGAACUGAAUUGCAAGGACCAAUUGCUGCUGAUGCAGCUAAGAUAGAGAAAGAUGUUACUUCUGAGGUUGAAAUUGCUAGUAAGGUUGAGCCGGAAGAAUCUGAAACCGAUGAUGUGAUUAUUAUCAGUAAAGAAAGUGAUGAAAAUGUUGAUGAGAUGCUGGAUGAGUCUGUUGUCGUGGUCAUCCAAGCUGCUAUUCGUGGAUUCUUGGCGCGAAGAGAGCUUCUGAGGCGCAAGAAAGUUAUUAAACUUCAAGCUGCAGUUCGUGGCCACCUGGUUAGGAGCCAGGCCAUGGGAUCACUGCGUUGUGUCCAAGCUAUUGUCAAAAUGCAGGCGAUGGUUCGUGCUCGUCAUUCCACAAAAGAUGUUAGCCGUGUUUCAGCAAUCUCGGAUAAGGCGGAAGGAAAUGCAGCUGCACAAAAACUUCUCGAAAACAAGUUUGCUAAGCAUCUAAUGGAGUCAACUCCCAAGACAAAACCAAUCAGCAUUAAAUGUGAUCCAACAAAACCUAGUUCUGCUUGGAACUGGUUGGAGAGGUGGAUGUCUGUUCCAAAACCUGAGAAGACUUCGAAAGCAGAUUUGACAACGGAAGAGCAACAGUUGGAAGAAACACAGAAUGUUAAAGUAUCACCUCAAGUUGACUUUGUGAACUCAGACUCAACGGUAGAGACCAAAACGGAAGCUGAUUUGUCAAGCUAUGAAGCAAGUAAGCUAGCAGGUCAGCAUGUGGAGCUAUCUGAAACAGAAAAAAUGAGCCAAUAUGAUUCACCAGAAGCAUCAGCGGAGGUUUAUUAUGACUCAAUCCAGUCUCAGCCACUUGCUGCUAAGGAACCAGAUUCUUUGCUCGAAGAGCCUGAAUAUGUGGAUGGACAGCUUAAACAUUCUUUGAAGCGUAAGGUUAGCAACCCUUCUUUCAUUGCCGCACAGUCGAAGUUUGAGGAACUAACUUCAUCUACUGGUUCAAACAAAGCAAUGACGCUGUCUCCUAAAGAUGGUGUUUCGGGUGAAGAAGGCAAAACAGAUAUAGAUUCACACACUACAAACACUAAAAAGGAUCACUCUCUGGAAGAUGUUACUCCAGCUGAGCUCAGUGGAUCCGAGUGUGGCACCGAACUCUCUGUAACUUCUUCUCUUGACUCACUUGAGAAGAAGUCAGACGCUGAAGGUGCAGAGCCCAGGGUAGAAGCUAAGCUUUUAGAGGAUGACAGUUUUAAAACAGACCAAGCAGAGUUGAUAGAAAUUGAUGUUAAAGACGCAACGUCAUUGGGUAUUUUAGAGGACCCUAAGGAGAAAGUUGAGAAUGCUAAGGACGAAGUUGAAAUCUCAGUGACACAGCAUGAAUCGGUUGUUAGUACACCAGAUUCCAAAAAGAGACGGGCUGAAGAUGAAUCAGGGCCUCAAGCUUCCACGUUAUCUGAGGGAGCUUUAACUCCGAUGACAAUCACUGAAUCUCAGGCAACGCCGGCAAGCCAAGCAUCUUCUUCAGUCAAAGCAAGAAAGGGAAAAUCCGAAAAGAGUGGUUCGAGCCAAAAGAGGAAAGUUAGCAAGAAAAUAACAUCAAGCCCGAAACAGGAAAUUGGUAGUGGUGAGGCUACAGAACAAGAAGAAGGGAAAGAACAGAAAAGCGUGAGAAGAAAUUCUUUUGGGUAUGAUCAAGAAGCAAGAGAAAGCAGCGGAGGCAAGAACUCUCUUCCUCGGUUCAUGCAGCCAACACAGUCGGCGAAAGCCAAGGUUCAAGAACAUAACUCACCAAGAUCAAGCCCUGAUCUUCAAGAAAGAGAUGUUGUUUCGGCCAAGAAGAGACAUUCGUUGCCUGGUGUUACCAAUGGGAAACAAGUUUCUCCUAGAAUCCAACGGUCUGCGUCUCAAGCACAACCGGGAACAAAGGACAGAAAAUGGCAGAGGUGAAAGCUGACCCGAGUGUGACAGAAACCGGAGAAGACAAAAAGCUUAGAAGACUUUCGGUGUUUCGCAAAAAUUCGAUUAUUGGUAUGUUUUUUCAGGACAACAAUCCUUAACUCUAGUUUCAAACGACCAAAAGUGACAGAAGUGCAGAGGAAGAACGAAGAGUGGAGGAUAGUCUCUUUGUAUAGAAUCGUUUUUUUCUUCUUUCUUUAUAAAAAAAAAUUGUUUGAUUUUUGUGGCUAAAGGAUUUUAUUUGAUUUGGUUUGGUGUUGGUUUUUUCGGACAUAACCUCCUCAACUGAAAAUGAAGCUUGUCGUGAACAAUGGAUUAUGACUUCAAUUUUAAAAGUCGUGUAAUAAUAUCUUCUUGGUUAUUGUUUCA